AUGGUCCUCCGGUUCCCCUUGCGCCGAAGUGCCAGCUUUACCCUGGAGUGCAGGACCUUGUUUGAGAUACCUGACCCCACCAUUCUUACCAUGGAAGCCAAUGUAUUGGUGAUGGGAGCAGAAAACGUUGGGAAGUCAGCCCUGACUGUACGUUUUCUGACCCGACGAUUCAUUGGAGAAUAUGGGGAUCUGGAAUCAAUUUACAGCCGAAGCUUGGAUGUGGAGGGCAGGAAAAUUCUCUUCCACAUCUGGGACUUCCCUAGUUCCCAUGGUCAGACCGACCAGCAUGCCACAGAAGAGAAGAGGAUCCAGUGGGCGGAUGGCUUCAUCUUGGUCUAUAGCAUCUGCGAUAGGGCCAGUUUCCACAUCCUUCCUACCAAAGUGGAGUUCAUUAAGGUGGCCAAGGAGGGCCAGAGCCCUGAGAAAGUGCCUAUUGUCAUUGUGGGGAAUAAGCGGGACCUGGGCCACCACCGGGCAGUUUCCAUUGAGGAAGGGCGGCUUCUGGCUCUCACCCUGAACUGUGAUUUCUAUGAGGUGUCUGUGGCCGAGGCCUCCCACGGAGCCCUGAUGGUGUUCCAGGGGCUAGCCCAACACUUUUGGCAGGCUCGACUGCCAGCCCGGAGAGGUAUUGGGAUCCGAGGCAUUGUUAAAAGUAUGUCGGCGGUGUUUGCCAGAAAGAGAACAGAUUCCUUCUAAGCUGGUUCACCCAGCAUCAAUCUUCCCCUAGUCAGCCAUAUUAGUCACACAUUUACUGAGCACCUACUAUUAUAGAACAAGUCUGGAACUAGAUAAGAGAGCAGAAAAGAAAUAGAGCAAUCAUUCGCUGCCCUCAAUGAGCGUUCAGUUCAUAUGUCCAUUUUACUGCUGGACCAUCUUCAACUACCAUCUCCAGGAGCCUACAUUUUCCUAGAUUAAUAUGUCAUUCCAACCA